CCAAUGAUGUUCAAGUAGCAGGAUCAAAGGACACAAUGGGAGGAUACCAACAAAAUGGAGAACAUUGGAAGCUCAUGCAUAUUCAAAACUAAAAUAAAAAUUCAAAACAAGAAAAAGAAAAUACCAAAAGCUAAAAAUCUGCAGAUUGAAUGCAUAGCUAGCUUGAGACAAAGGGAGAGAAAGAGAUGCUCUCUCUACGUGUCUCCCCUCCAUUAUCUCCCCUCCAAAACCCUAACUUUAACCAUACCCACUUCUCCACACCCAUAAAAAUCCCUAAUUUCAGAGUCCUCAAUCUCCACCCACUUUCAAGAACCCACUUCACCCCUCCUAUAAAAACCGCAAAUAAUAAAACCCACUUCAAAAAACUUGCUUGCAAUGCUUUAAAGGACUCUGGUGAGGAAACCAAGGCGGUUUCGGACCGUGGAGGAGGUGGUGAUGAUGGUGGAGGAGGAGGCGGUGGUGAUGGCGGACGGGAUGAUGAGCAGGUGGAGAAGAAGAGCGGACCUUUUCCAGAAUGGCUCAAUAUCACUACCGACGACGCGAAGACAGUCUUUGCGGCGAUAGCAGUAUCGCUUGCUUUCCGGUCUUUCAUAGCUGAGCCGAGGUACAUUCCUUCGCUGUCCAUGUAUCCUACUUUGGAUGUGGGAGACCGAAUUGUAGCAGAAAAGGUUACAUAUUAUUUCAGAAAGCCAUGUGCCAAUGAUGUGGUUAUCUUUAAAAGUCCACCAGUCCUUCAGCAAGUAGGGUAUACUGACUAUGAUGUCUUCAUUAAACGAGUUGUUGCCAAGGAAGGUGAUAUUGUAGAGGUUCGCAAUGGGAAGCUCAUCGUUAAUGGGGUGGAGAGAAAUGAAAAGUUCAUCCUUGAACCACCUUCGUACAAUAUGACUCCUAUUCGUGUGCCAGAAAACUCAGUUUUUGUGAUGGGUGACAAUAGAAAUAACAGCUAUGAUUCACACGUAUGGGGUCCACUGCCAGCCAAAAAUAUUUUAGGAAGAUCCCUGUUUCGGUAUUGGCCUCCAAAGAGGAUUGGCGCCACGGUUCUUGAGACUGGUUGUGCUGCUGAUAAGCAGGAGAGCGUUCCAGUGUCUCUGCGAAAGGAAGGUGCUGAUAAGCAGGAUAGUAUUCCAGUGUCUCAGCAAAAGGAAGGCGCUGAUAAGAAGGAUAGCGUUCCAGCAUCUCAGCAAAAGAAAAGUGUAUCAUUGAAUUAGUAACCAUAUGAAGUUUCUUCUGCCUCUUCGAUUGACAUUGUUUUGUUUUGUGUUUUAUCAUUUUUGCAUCCAAUCUUUGUGUAAUUUCUCAAUUCUAAAAGAAACUGGGAUACGGGCGAAUUUUGGAAGGCCCUAGUUCAUCAUAAUUGUUGUACAUUGCAAAUCGACACCUGAAUGUAGUAACUUCUUUGUUUCAUUUCA